UGAAUUUUCAAGCACAGGAUUUGAACAUGAUAUCAAGAGACAUGUAUGGAGUAGAGGGGAAGAUACUGUUGGAACAUUCAAUUCUGCUAUCAAACCUGCUGGUAUGGAGCCACCUGACUAUGGAAAUCAAACAUGGACUUCUGAAGGUUUCAGUGUAAUUGCAAGUUGGCCAGAUUCUACAAAGAAACUUGGUCAACUUUCAGCUGUCAGUUUGGAUGUUGAUGGUAAUAUUGUAAUAUUCCAUCGCGGAGAUCGUGUCUGGGAUGGUAAUACGUUCCUUACAAACAAUGUCUACAACCAGCGAGCUAUGGGACCUAUUAGCCAGCCUACUGUUGUCGUGUUCAAUGCAUCUUCAGGGCUCGUAGUUGAGGAAUGGGGCCGCAGUAUAUUCUACCUUCCACAUGGGCUCACUGUAGAUGCAGACAACAAUGUGUGGGUGACAGAUGUUGCAUUGCAUCAAGUAUUCAAGUUCUCUCAAGGAGGUGGCAAGCCACUUCUCACUCUUGGAGUUGCCUUUAUGCCUGGUAAUGAUGAUGACCACUUCUGCAAACCAAGUGCUGUUGCUGUCAUGUCCAAUGGUGACUUUUUUGUAUCUGAUGGUUACUGCAACACAAGGAUCAUUAAGUUUGAUAAGAAUGGCAAAUUUCUGAUUCAGUGGGGACGUAAUUCAUUUCAAGGUAUUAGGUCACCGGUCUACGAGUUCUCUGUGCCCCAUGCAUUGACAUUGGCUGAAGAUAAGGAGAUGUUAUGUGUGGCAGAUAGGGAAAAUGGACGUGUUCAGUGUUUCAACUGUCACAAUGGUUCCUUCAUAGUACAGUUCCGUUCACGGGAGAUGGGCUCUCGGAUAUUCAGUGUGGCCUAUUCUCCUGCACAAGGUGGUCUCUUGACUGUUGUUAAUGGUCCUGAAUUUGGUGGUGGUGGACUUGUGAGUGGAUUUGUCAUAAGUUUGGCCAGAAAGCAACUAAUAGAAGCUUUCAGUCCAAAUGGACAGGGAUUCCACAAUCCACAUGAUGUUGCUAUUAGUACAGAUGGCAAUCAAAUAUAUGUGGUGGAGCUUGACCCCUAUAAAGUGUGGAAAUUUGUAAAGGGAUCUGUCAACAGUACCAGGAUUGAGCCAAGGCCCAUUGCAAACACCAGUACAAGUGCUAUUAAAUCUGUUAUCCCACAAAAUGGUCUUAACUUCAGUAGGGUGCAAAUAGUUGAAUUGCCUGUGAACAGCAGCUCUGCCAGUACCAUAGCAGCUAUGGUAGGAAUUAUCAGUAUAGCGGCAGUGAUUGCAGUUGUUAUUUUUGCUGCAGUCAUGAAGAUAAGGAAGAGAGGGCCCAACAGUCAACUUAGGAGAUGGGACUUCCCCAUCUCACAGAUGGGGGGCUUCAACCUAGACCGACAUCAGGGAUUUGAGAAAGUGAGCACAGAGGAGAGUGAUGAAGAGGGUGCCAGCAGUACAGUGAACUUUAGACAACUGCCCUCACCGUUUGCUUAAUGACACAGUGGUGAUGUAUGUGUAUAACGAAAGUAAUCUCAAAAUCCAAUCCUUAUACUUCCUCCAAAUGUAUUUUGUUUUAGUGUUUUAUAUAAUGAAUUGUGCCAAAGACAUUCUAAAUCUAGGUUUAUUUGAAAAAGGAAUAUAGUAUUUUAGAAAAUUUUCGUUCAACAAGUCAAUUUAGUCUUCUUUAGUCAUUCUCAACCGAAAUGAUUCUUAAACAUACAAUCAACC